AAGAGCACUUCCGGUAAGGAAAAAUCAACAACACACGUGGGAAUGGGAAAGCAGAAAAAGAUCCCAAAAGUAUUGCCGUCCAAGGCUAAAAUGAAAGGUUUGAAGAAGAAUUUAAAAGAUUCCAGCACAAGUAGCAAUAAAGAAAAGCCCUCAAGGAUUGCUGAUAUCAGUAAGGAUGUUGAGGAUAGUAGUGAUGAAAAUGAAUUUGAUGAAAUUGACGAAGAAAUUGUUGAUGAUAGACAAGUCAAUGAUAGUGAUGAAAAUGAAGCAGAAAGUGAUGAUGAUGAUGAUGAUGAUGAUGAUGAUGAUGAUGAUGAAAAUUUAGAAGAAGAAGAAGAGGAAGUUGAUGACAAAGACAGCAAAAAAAGAAAGCUUAAACCUGAUCAGUUUGAGAGUGACAAAUCCCCAAAGAAAAAAAUGAAAACAGACAGUGAAUCUAAAGAAACACAAAAAGAGGAACAAAAAUUACCUGGGAAGACGUCCGGGGGAGGGAUUCUGACUGACACAUCCUUCUCAUCUCUCCAGGGCGUGAUCUCUGACCUCUCUCUGAAAGGAAUCGCAGACAUGGGCUUCAUUCACAUGACAGAGAUUCAGGCUAACACAAUCCCACACCUGUUGGAAGGAAGGGAUUUGAUGGGAGCAGCUAAGACAGGUAGCGGUAAAACACUGGCUUUCCUCCUACCGGCUGUGGAACUCCUCAACAAACUCAAGUUUAUGCCCAGAAAUGGAACAGGGUGCAUCAUCAUCUCACCGACUCGAGAGCUGUCCAUGCAGACGUUUGGGGUCCUGAAGGAGCUACUAAAGUACCACUGUCACACCUACGGUCUUAUCAUGGGGGGCACUAGUCGGGUGGAAGAGGCCAAGAAACUCGGCAAAGGCAUCAACAUCUUGGUAGCGACCCCUGGACGAUUACUUGACCAUCUGCAGAAUACGCCAAACUUCAUGUAUAAGAACCUACAGUGUCUGAUAAUUGAUGAGGCAGACCGAAUCCUGGAAAUCGGGUUUGAGGAAGAGAUGAAACAGAUCAUGAAGCUUUUGCCAAAGAGGCGACAGACCAUGUUAUUCUCAGCCACACAGACCAGGAAAGUGAAGGACUUGUCCCGGAUAUCCCUGAAGAAGGAACCGCUGUAUAUUGGUGUCGAUGACCGCAAGGACAGCGCCACCGUGGAGGGACUGGAACAGGGCUAUGUGGUCUGUCCCUCAGACAAGAGAUUUCUUCUUCUCUUUACCUUCUUAAAAAAGAACCGAAAAAAGAAGGUGAUGGUGUUUUUCAGCUCUUGUAUGGCCGUCAAAUUCUACCAUGAACUUCUAAACUACAUAGAUAUACCAGUUAUGUGUAUUCAUGGAAAACAGAAACAGACCAAGAGAACCCAGACCUUCUUCCAGUUCUGUAAUUCCAAGGAGUCCAUCUUGUUGUGUACUGAUGUGGCAGCUAGAGGUCUGGACAUCCCCCGAGUUGAUUGGAUUGUACAGUACGACCCCCCAGAUGAUCCCAAGGAGUACAUUCACCGUGUAGGUAGAACAGCCCGUGGAGAGGGGGGUGUCGGUCACGCUCUGUUAAUUCUUCGUCCUGAAGAGUUGGGCUUCCUUCGUUAUCUGAAGCAUGCUAAGGUGCCACUGAAUGAAUUUGACUUCUCUUGGAGCAAAAUCUCAAAUAUUCAGGCUCAGCUUGAGAAGCUGAUAGAAAAGAACUAUUUCCUCCACAAGUCUGCACAGGAAGCGUACAAAUCGUACAUCCGGGCGUUCGCCUCACACAGCCUUAAGAAUAUCUACGACGUCAAUACUCUAGAUUUACAGAAGGUGGCGCUCUCGUUCGGAUUCCACAACCCUCCCUAUGUAGAUCUAGAUGUUCACGGGAAAAAGGGAGGUAAAUCCAAAAGCCACAGAGGUAAACCCGGGGGUUUUGGUUACAGCAGAGACAAGUUUGAGAACAAAGCGAAAAUCUAUAAACCAAUCAAAAGUAAAGGACACAACAAGCGACAGUUCAGUCGGUGACAGCGGGCAAAUCGUCAGUGAGAGACAGUGAUUGUCAGCGAGAUAAUGUCAUAUUUUCAGUGAGAUAUUGUCACUAUGUCAGUGAAAAUAUGUUAAACAAAGGAGAUGCUGUCAUAAAGUUGUCUGGAUAUGGACAAAAUUAAACCAGUUCAGCUGUCACAGACAGUAUAAAAUGUCGGAAUGAUGAUAAAAUUAAUACAAUUUUAGAAUAAAAGUUGAUUUUAUUAAACAGCAGCCUAUAAGCACUCUUGUCCUUUAAAUUUUAGAUUAUUACCAGCCCCAGAAAAUAACUGAAAUGUUUUAAGUGAUGCCGAGAUUAUCAGUGCUUUCUAGGGGAGAUAAUUCAAUUUCCAUGUUAGCCUCCCAAGAACACAUUUGUUUAAUAUUAUGCCCCCUUCGAAGAAGAGAGGGCAUAUUGCUUUGCUGCUGUCCAUCUCUCUGUCGGUAUGUCCACCAAUAGUUUCCGUUCAUUUUCUUCGUAGAGGUUGCACAUAUUGAAAUAAAAUUUGGUAUACAGAUUUAUUAUAACAAUAUCUAGGUUAAUUUUGAUUUUGGGUACGAUCGAGCAAUUUUCGACAGAGUUAUGCCCCUUGGACUUAGUAAAAUUCCACUUAUCUGCAGUUUCCGUUCAUUUUCUUCAUAAAGGUUGCACGUAUUGAAGUGAGAUUUAGUAUACUGAUUUAUCAUAAUAAUAUCUGGGUCAAGUAUGAUUUUGGGUACGAUCAAGCAAUUUUCAAGAGAAUUAUACCCCUUGGACUUAGAAAAAUUCCACUUAUUUGCAGUUUCCAUUCAUUUUCUUUGCGGAGGUUACACAUAUUAAAAUGAAAUUUGGUAUACAGAUUCAUCAUAAUAAUGUCAAGGUCAACUUCGAUUUUGGUUACAAUAGAGCAAUUUUCGACAGAGUUAUGCCUCUUUGACUUGGAAAAAUUCCAAUUAUUUGCAGUUUCUGUUGGUUUUCUUUGUUGGUGUUUCCAAAGGAGGGGGGCAUUAGUGUUUCACAAACAUCUCUUGUUCUAUUUUACUUUAUUUUCCAUACAAGUAAAAUACUUAAAUGUGAUUGGUUGAGAAAAUGUUUUAAACAAGGAUUGAUAGUCGAUACAUGUGCUAUUUCUUUUUUAAAUUGUUACUCUGUCAUGUAAUUUAAUAUACUAGUAUCCAAAUUAUAACAAAUUUUACGCACAAGUAAUUUGUCAUGAUUUGGCAAUGAAUAUAACGUGUAAUUUAAUAAAUUUAUUCAUUCUA